GAAGACGGCGAAGCUGCACGUGGCCGUCAAGGUGUUGCAAGACAUGGGGUUGCCCACCGGAGUGGAAGGCAAAGACUCCGGGAAGGGCGACGAGUCGGCGGAGGAGACGGAGCAGAAACCCGUGGUCGUGGCUCCUCCGCCCGUCGUGGAAACGGUGUCGACGCCCACGGCGGCCUCGCCCCCGGCUGAUCAGACCCCUGAGAACGUGAAGCAGCAGGGACCAAUCCUGACAAAGCACGGGAAGAACCCCGUGAUGGAGCUGAACGAGAAGCGGCGCGGGCUGAAGUACGAGCUGAUCUCGGAGACGGGCGGCAGCCACGACAAGCGCUUCGUCAUGGAGGUGGAGGUGGACGGGCAGAAGUUCCAAGGCGCCGGCUCGAACAAGAAGGUGGCCAAGGCCUACGCGGCGCUGGCCGCCCUGGAGAAGCUGUUCCCGGACGCUCCCGUGGCCAUCGAGCAGAACAAGAAGAAAAGAGCCCCCGUGCCAGCCAGGGGGGGCCCCAAAUUCCCAGUCAAACAGCACAACCCGGGGUUCGGCAUGGGGGGCCCCAUGCACAACGAGGCCCCCCCGCCCCCCAACAUGCGCGGCCGCGGCCGGGGCGGAAACAUCCGGGGCCGAGGGAGAGGCCGGGGCGGCUUCGGAGGGAACCACGGCGGCUACAUGAACACAGGGGCCGGGUACGGGAGCUACGGCUACGGAGGGAAUUCCGCCACCGCCGGCUACAGUAAGUAGUUGUUGUGAGGAGUGUUGGGAUAGAAGGGGAAAAUCCAGGAAUGUUGAAGGGGGAGAGCUCAACUU